AUGAUUGUCUUGUAUAGCCUUGUGGCGACCUGCACAAUCCUCAGCAUUCUCCUAACUGCCUACUGUCAAACUCCACCGGGAUAUCAACCAUCAUCAUGGCAGCAUCUCAAUGUCCAAUUUGGCCACAAUGAGAAAAUUGAAACUGGAACAGUCCUAACGCCCUCUCAGGCCUACUACAAACCACAUAUCCACGCGCCUGACGUACUGCCAAUUUACCCACUAUACAUCUCGUUUAUGAUUGAUGUCGAGGUCAAUCAUAACGGCAUCUCAACAAGCAUGCUUCAUUGGUAUCAACCGGAUUUGCGUAUCAGCGACUCAGACGGCCUGUUACUGAACCUCACUAACAAUGGUGCCGACUAUGUCGGGCCACAGCCUCCGCCGGGUCCGAGGCAUGUCUACGUGCUUCUCCUCUUCGUUCAGCCAAGUGAUUUUCUGUUUCCGGAGUGUUAUUCGAGAGUUUUCCCGAUCAGCAUUCCGACACGGGUUGGGUUUGAUAUCGGGCAGUUUAUGCGCAUUGCCGGAUUGGAUGAACCAGUGGCGGCGAAUUACUUUGUCGCUGGAAAUCCUACGCCGGCGUCAACUCCGAUUCCCCGUAUAUGGACUACAUCGAUGAGCUCAGCUCGUUGUGAGAGCACGGACAUCCUGUGA